AUUCUCUUAUUUCCAAAUAGCACCUUAGCUUUUCUCUCUCUAUAACUCAUCAUCAUCUCAAUCGGAUCUCCCUUAGACCCGAAUAAUUUUCCGACAAAACCUAACCCUAAUUUUUCCAAUGGCCAGCGAUUCCAAUGAACCUUCCCGUCGCAAACACCAUCGAUCUUCUCCUUCCGAUGAGGAUACCGGAGAACCAUUGAAACGCCGUAAGCACCGCCACCAUCAUCGUCACCAUCGCCACCAUCGCCAUCAUAGCAAGAAGCAUCUAGAGAAAUCCGAUUCGAAAUCCGAGAAAGAAAUGGUUAAAUCAAAAAGUGAGAUUGAGAAUGGAGGUAAACCAGGAGAAGAGAUGAAGAUUGGUACUGUUGUUGGUGUUUCUACUUUAGGGAUUGAUUAUGAUAUGGAGGAAGGAGAAAUCAUUGAGGAUGAUGUUGUGGAUACUGCUGCUGUUGGUGAUGCUGAUGAGAUUACCGUGACAGAAAAAUUGGGGCAUGAAGAUGAUUUGAACAUGGAAUUGCAUGAAGCUCAAGAACAAGGGCCUGCAGACAAUGUGGAAAAAGUUGACAGAGAUUCCACUGUUUCUGUACGGCAUGAUGAGCAAAGGAAAAGUAGAAAGGCUGAUAGGUCUAGAGAAAGGAAGUCCAGUGACAAGCAUUCUGCCAAUGGUAGUUACAUAGAUAAGUUUCAUAAAUUGGACUCUAAACCACAGAAAGAAGAUAGUAUCGCUGGUGAAGAAAGUACAAAACAAAAGAGCUAUGACGAGGAUGAGAAUGAGGUACAGGAUCGAAUAAUAAAAUCCUCGACUCCUGAAAAUGUUGGAAAGAGGCAUAGAUCUGUUAGGGUAUCAUCUUCACAUUAUGAGCACCCUGAAGAGAGACAUGUUACAAAGUCAUCCAAGUCACCAGAUCGCUCCAGAGGAAGAUCACGAUCAAAAAGUGUUCUGGAGGAGUCUUUCCUUGUACCUAAGUCUCGUGAGAUAGAUGACACAUAUGAAAAGGAAAGCAGAUAUAGAGGUAACUUUGAUGAUGAAAAAAUUGGAUACAACCGGGACUAUCGACAUGGAAGCCGAGAUUCUUCAAGGGACAGGGAAAAGGAGCAUAAUUCUGGUAACAGCAGAUCCUCUAGAGACAGGUAUUAUAACAGGGAGAGUGUUGAUAGAUUUCGGGAGAGUAGUAUGGAGAAUGACAGGGAUAGAGUAAGAGAGAAAGACAGGGAGCGUGAGUUGGCUAGAGAAAAGCUAAGGGAGAGCGAUAAGGAGAGGCGAAGGGAGAGCGAUAAGGAGAGGGAAAGAGUAAGGGAGAGGGACAGAGAGAGGGAAAGAGAGAAAGCUCGAGAUAGGGAAAGGGAUAGAGAAAGAGAACAUGAGAGGGGGAGAGGGAGAGAGAGGGAAAGGGAGAGGGAGAGGGAAGAGAGAGAAAGGAGGAAUAGGGAUAGGGAAAGCAGGGGACGUAGUAGGGAGGCAGAUAGGGAUAGAAAUAGUGAUAGGUACAGCAGGCAGCAGGAUGACAGUGUUGCUUAUAAUAGACGUAAUAGACAUUACGAGACUGACAUUGAGAGAGGAAGGACAAGUAAUCACUUAAAAACUGAGACCACAAAGCAACAUGCUGUAGAGACAGAGAGUGAGAGAUCGAGAAGAGAUGAAGUUGAACAGGAGGAUUAUCAGGAAAAAGUUGUUUUCCAGCUUGCUGAACAGGAUGAAGAAGAUGAACUUGAUAGAAUUAAGGAGGAGAGCAGAAGGCGAAGGCAAGCUAUUCUUGAAAAAUAUAAGAUUAAGAACUCACAGAAGGAACAAGUUACUCAAUCUGGGGACGUUGUUGAGAUUCACAUGGAUCAGUCUACCCAAAAACCGGCAAUCAGACAGAAUGUUGUGCAAGAGUCUAUUGAUGCUAAAAGCAAUGGUGCAGAUGUCGAGCCAACAUUUUCUGUUGGGAAAUCACCUCUGCAGGGUGGUCAGAUUGGUGAUGUGCUGGCUUCUGGAGCUGGUGGACUGGGACAGGGUACUCCAAAGAGUGAGAGGUCGGCUGACAUGUUUUGUGACGAUAUAUUUGGAGAAUCGCCUGCUGGCAUCAGGAAGAUGGGCAAAGGAGAUGGUGUGGCAGUUGAGCGCAGUGGCCUUCAUGAUAACUGGGAUGAUCCCGAAGGGUAUUAUAGUUAUCGGUUCGGAGAAAUUCUUGAUGGCCGUUACGAGAUUGUUGCUGCUCAUGGUAAAGGAGUCUUUUCUACUGUUGUCCGCGCUAAAGAUCUCAAGGCUAGACCUGGUGACCCUGAGGAAGUAGCAAUUAAAAUGAUACGCAAUAAUGAAACAAUGUAUAAAGCUGGUAUGGAAGAGUUGGUUAUACUGAAAAAACUAGUUGGUGCAGAUCCUGAAGACAAGCGCCACUGUGUUCGUUUUAUUUCUAGCUUCAAGUACCGGAAUCAUCUCUGUUUGGUUUUUGAGUCUCUUCAUAUGAAUCUCCGGGAGGUUUUGAAGAAGUUUGGACGUAACAUUGGACUCAAACUCACUGCUGUGAGGACGUACGCAAAGCAACUUUUCAUUGCUUUGAAGCAUUUAAAAAAUUGUGGUGUGCUUCAUUGUGAUAUUAAACCCGACAACAUGUUGGUAAAUGAAGCAAAAAAUGUGCUGAAGCUUUGUGACUUUGGUAAUGCUAUGUUUGCUGGAAAAAAUGAAAUUACUCCAUACCUCGUGAGCCGUUUUUACCGUGCCCCAGAGAUCAUUCUUGGAUUGUCGUAUGAUCAUCCGAUGGAUAUAUGGUCAGUGGGUUGCUGUUUGUUUGAGCUCUAUGCUGGGAAAGUAUUAUUUCCAGGUCCAAGUAAUAAUGACAUGCUUCGUCUUCAUAUGGAAUUGAAAGGUCCAUUUCCAAAAAAGAUGCUUAGAAAGGGUGCAUUUACAGAACAACAUUUUGACCAGGAUCUCAAUUUUCUUGCCAUCGAAGAGGAUCCUGUUACAAAGAAGGCUAUAAGGAAGCUGAUUGUUAAUAUCAAGCCAAAAGAUAUCAGUGCAAUAAUUUCUGGCUCUCCAGGUGAAGACCCAAAGAUGUUGGCUCACUUCAAAGAUCUUAUGGAGAGAAUUUUUGUGUUAGAUCCAGAAAAGAGAAUGACUGUUUCCCAGGCAUUGAGCCACCCAUUCAUCACGGUGCUUCGGAGAUUGGCAUGGUUGAAGUUGCAGAGAAGAUUGCUGAUUUUGGGAGAUCUAUAUCUUGGCAGUUCUUUCAGUGCAAUGUUUUCUGUUCUAUCGAUAUCUACCAGGGCUUUGAUGCAAGAUUCAGUUAGAUGCUUAAAAGGCACCCUGGAGAAGCAAUGUAUGACUGGAGAAUGAUCAGAUGCAGCCUUGAAGUGAGAGUUGUUUCAGGUGUGGUUCCAUGCAUCUGCAGUUCUAGUAAGUAUCCUUGAAUUUCAUUACGUCUCUGGUGUAAAAGGUGGGUUAUCUUUUGAAAACCUGAUAUUCUUCUAUCAAUGUAUUACGUUCAAAGUUUGCUUGUCUUCCAUGAAAUUGACCUACAUGGAAUAUAAUUCAAGUUCUUAACUGGAUUUGCUGAUAAACUUGGCCAUUGUGGAUCAAAUCUAUCUCAAAUUUCAAUUGUCCCUUUUCCUGAACACUAACUUCCCGCGCCAGAUUUUUGGUCAUGAAAAAAAACAUCUGUUUAGCUUGCAUUGGAAUUUGACUUUCUAGAUCCCUCCUCCAAGAUGCAUUGCAUUUUUCUCCAAUCUGCAUGUUCAAGGAACAUUUGACAAGCCUCUCAUAUUUUUCUUCCUCCACCUUCUUAAGCACCAACAUAUUGCUCCUCUGCCAAGCCUCUCUGACUCUGUCUAUCCAUCUUUUGGCCAUUAAACUUUGUUAGUUAUGACAAGCUCAACUCGUGACUCUACGUUUUAAUACAUAAGGUUUGUCCUUCUCGAAGGAUUUGAGGUGUGAUGUAUAGGCACGAGUCUUUAAACCCCUCAAAGCCUGACUACCAUUUGACUAGUAAUCUUUCUUUCUCCUGUUAACUAAUUUUGCACUCUAGUUUGUUGUUUUAGGAUUAUGGUACUUCUCAGGAAAUUCAGACUUCAGAUAAUGUUUAGAGGGGACAGGUGCAUGGCUUUUAUGGAUACUUAAUUGAAUAGUCAUUUCCUCAUAAAAAUUUUUCUCAAGUAAGAAUGUAGAAAUGGGGAAUUUCUUUUUGAUGAAGGUAGGAAUAUGGAAUUUCUUAAUUCAGAUGAGCACUGUAAAGGAACUAUUUUCGAAUGUAAAACAAAACCAUAUUUUUAAUGAGGUAGUGUUGCAAAUUAAAGCAUCACUAAAAACAUAUGAAAGCUCGUAAGGUGUCAAAUAGUUAGGCAUGUAAUUAAACUACAGCCAAGCUUGCUGCAUUUUGCAAAAGUAAAGUGAGAAAUAGCAUAUACAUGUAUAAGAUUGUUUAUUUGGUUUAAUCUGCUUAUUUUUCAGAAAAUUGAGUACUCAACUGUAAACGAACCUUGAAACUUUUAGACCGAAACCGACUGAAGAACUGUGAACCAAAAAAAUUUGGUUCGGACAGUUUUUCGGUUUUAACUAAAGGAGUAGGCAUUAAAUCAAGAAAUUAUCUGAAACGAAAAUUUUGAUUUUGUGGUUUUUGGUCGGUUCAUGGUUUAUGUUUCUAACAUUAUCAGUUUAUAAAUAUGGUUCUUCAGUUGACUGGAAAAUCUAAGUGUAAGAGGUUUUGGGGUUCUCUAUACUUUAGUCUUUAGUUAAAAAAGUUCUCUAACCCAAUUACCCUCCCAAAGCUGAUGCCAAGCCUAGGCUCCUAGCUUAGUUUAUGCUAGGGUUCCGAGUCUCUUUUGCUGAUGCAUUGUCGCCUCACACACUUACCAUUUCGCGAGUCUUUUAAGGUGUGAUGUGUAGCCACGAGUCUUUAAACCCCUCAAUGCCUGACUACCAUUUGACUAGUUAUCUUUCUUUCUCACUCUAUCGAGUUCUGCACUCAAGUUUGAUGUAAUGGUUUUAGGAUUAUGGUACUUUCCAGGAAAUUCAGAUUUCGAAUAGUAUUUAGAGGGGACAGGUGCUUGACUUUUAUGAGAUGCUUUACUGAAUAGUAAUUUCCUUAAAAUUUUCUCAAGUAGAAUGUAGUAAUAGGGAAUUUCUUUUUUGAUAAAGGUAGGAAUAUGGAAUAUCUAAAUUCAGACUAGCACCUAAAGGAGCUAUUUUCCUUUGUAAAACAAAAAUCAUAUUUUUAAUGAGGUAGUGUUGCAAAUUAAAGCAUCACUAAAAACAUAUGAAAGCUCAUAAGAAGUCAAAUAGUUAGGCAUGUAAAUUGCAAUUGAACUACUGCCAAUCUUGCUGCAUUUUGCAAAAGUAAUGUGACAUCCAAGAUGAGAGGCAAAACAAGUGAGAAAUAGCAUAUACAUGUAUAAGUUAUUUAGUUUAAUCGGCUUAUUUUUCAGAAAAUCAAGAACUCAACCGUAACAAACCUUGAAAGUUUUAGACCUAAACGGACUGAAAAACUAUGAAACAAAAAAAAAUUGGUUCUGUCAGUUUUUUCGGUUUUAACCAAAGGGGUGGGCAUUAAAUCAAGAAAAUUAACUGAAAUGAAAAUAUUGAUUUUUCUGUUUUUGGUUGGUUCACGGUUUAUGUUUUUUGAUAUUAUCAGCUUCUCAAUAAGGUUCUUCAGUUUUUCUCAAAAAAAAAAAGGUUCUUCAGUUAACUGGAAAAUCAAAGUGAAAGAGGUUUUGAGGUUCUCUAUACAGUACUCUUCAGUUUAAAAAGUUUUCUAGCCCAAUCACCCUCCCAAGGCUGAAGCCCAGAGCUCUGAUGCCAAGCUUAGGCUCAGCUUAGUUUAUGCUAGGGCUCCAAGUCUCUUUUACUGAUGCACUGUCGCCUCACACUCUUACCGUCUCACAUUUGUCCUGCAUUUGUGCUGUACUGGCCUGCUUUGACUCCCUUCUCCUCUUUCUCAAGAAGUCAUACGUAGAUUUUUGUGAAUUGACUUGCUAAAGUUGAAGUGCAUCUUUACUCUUGUUUCUGUACUUCUGAAUGUAAGAUAUGUUUACCUAUAGCCCAUUCCUGUUUCUUUAACUCACUUCACCACCGCCUAUGUUUGAGUGAACUCACUCAUUGUUUGUUGUUUGGUUCUCUAGUUAUUAUCUUUGGUGAAGCACUCACAUACUUCUACCUGACUUAGUUCUCUAUUUCGAAUGUCUUAAGAGUGUUUAGCAUUCCGUCUAUGGGUUCUCAAUCUGUGUGUGUUUACCUUUUACAUUUUAUUAUGUCUUUAGUUAGAAUAGCAGCUGUCAUUUGAGUUGUUUGUUUUUGGUUCAUGUGUAUUUGUUAUUCUGCAGAAUUCUUUUUGUCAUUCUAAUUAGCUAUUAUAAAUUUAAAAAUAUUCAGAAUACAUUGAAUCCUGCAUAUGUUGAUUCGGUUUGACAUUACAAAUCACUUCUUAUGUAUAACAAGUGACGUUACCCAUCACUAGUCUGGAUAAGUAAGAAGUGUAAAGAGCUCAAUUUUCCCUUGAACUAUGUGAAAGGUCCAACUUUGCCCUCUGUUAAAAGUUGGGGUCAUCUAUAUCCUCGCCAGUCGCCAUUUAGUUUUUGCUCGAAUUUUGAACUUCUAGCCAUAAGGGCAGAUCUCAAUCUUUUUCUCUAUUAUAUGAGUUAGACUCUAAUUAUCCGGAGUAGCACAAAAACUUGCCAUGUUGCUAUGCUGUCAAAAAAAUGCAGCUUCCCAACUACCAAAUUUGCUUUACACACCAUCACUUGUGUAUUGUGAAGUAAAUUUAUGAAAAUGUAUGUUCGAAUAGAAGCUUGUUCUGCCAUUGCAGAUUGUCUGUUAGGUUUUUCUCUGAUCACUUAUGCCUUCAAAAAUUCUCAGCUGCAUUUACUGCACCAAUCUGUGUUUAUAUUUGAGGUUAUAGCUUGAAUGUUAGGGAUGAGUGUUGUUUUGGAGCUCGACAUUGUCAGAGAUUGUUAAAUGAUCAUAUCAUGCCUUGAUUUCUUGCGUAACUGUGGUUUCAAUUCAGAUUGUAGUAAUCGAUAUAUUGCUUCAUGAUUUAGCUUGUUGCGACUUCUUUUGGAGUUUGGGAAAGUUAUCACUAUGUAUGUAAUGGUUAGUUAAACCGGUGCUCCUAUUACGCGCUGCACUAAUGCUGAAGAAUUUCCUGCCUUCACCUGGAUAGUGUGAUUCUCAGGUAAGAAAGCCUACUAAAAUCUUCAGAAUCGCGACUCAUGUCUGCUUUGAUUCUUCUUCAUCCUAAUGAUGUGUGUGGUUCAGCUCGAAAGAUUUAUGUUUGGGCAGAGCGAUUGUUAAUGUUCACACUUAUUCUAUGAAAUAAAUUUACGUUUUCUCUUAGCUUCAAGUUUCAGCAUCUGAUGAAAAAGUCUUAUCUAAAGCAAAAAAAAGUGAAUAAGGAGGCUUGUGGUCUGUCUGCUUCUCGUAAACAUAUCGCCAACGUUAACGAUCAAAGUUUCAAAUAGAAAAAGAAAUAUUGUAUGUAUAUAAUACAAUUUAUACAUACAUAUUCAUGUUUAUAUUAUUAAUAAA